UGGCCAUUAAGCAGCAGUGCAUCAAUCCUUAGGCAGAGAACUACAAACCUUCAAGUUGCGCUCAGAUAAUGCUGGCCUGACACAUCAUUCUAUGUGCACCCAGUUUUGAUUAGUAUAUUGAUCAAAGCCCUAAUCAUUAUCAACCUUGCAAGAUGAAGAAGUUCAUGGGGAAAACAAAGUCUUCUACACCUCAGGUUAACAUGGCUAGGCUAGGUGGGAGUAAUCUAGCUUCUGUGCCUGUACAGAAGUUAACCCGACCUCCGUCCUUACUCAGCCUGGACGCAUACUCUCCACCUCCGUCCGCUGAGUCCUACCAACAGAAAACAGAGGCUCCCAUGGAUCAAUUCCCGUUCUCCGAGGAUGAAGACGAUUUCAAUGACUUUGUGGAAGAAGUGCCUUACCUGCAGUCUGAACCUGGGUAUCACAUUCCCAGCCCACCUCCUCUCCCGCAGAGCAAGGUGCCCCUGAAGAAGAAAGCUUACAGGCCAAGGCAAACUGUUAGUCAGGGGAACAUUGGACCUGAGAUCGAGGCCAUGGGGAAACUAAGAGAUCCAGAAAGACCCAGUAAGAUGAUACACCAGACUGACCUGGUCAUGGCCAAGCGCUUGCUUCGCAAGAAAGGCGGUAGACUGAAGCCAUUGUCAUUUGAUCGCAAGGAUUUAUUUGAAAGCUUUGAAAUCAAUGAUCACUUCCCCAUUCUCUACUGUAAGACUUUCCUCAUGUCUCAGAUGUCCUCUGGGGACAUCGUAAGCCUGAAUUUUAGUGGAGUGGAUCAGCUGACUGAUGCGUUUUUUUACACAUUGUUGGCAGGAAAUAUCAGCCUCCCUCACCUGAACAGUAUGAUUUGUGCAGGUUGUGUUCAUCUGACAGAUUUGUCCGUCAAGUGGAUUGUGAAAAUGUUCCCUGAUCUGAAGCUGGUAAACUUCAAUGGGUGUAUCAACUUGACAGAGAAGUCUUUCCACCAGCUAUGGGCGUCUGCGAGCCCACCAGGAGAUAUUCUAAUGAUGGGCACCAAUAUUGGGGUGGACCUGCUCAGCCCAGCAGGAGAGAACCUUUCAUUGAGCUGGAAGGUGUCAGGGUGUCCUAUUGUAUCGCACAGCGGACCAGGGGCGAAGGGAGAUGCCCCCAUGACCUGUCACAAGGCUGUGAUAUUACUGGACAAGAAGCUCAUUUCAUCUGUAGGUCAUCAGCUGACGGGCGUAUCGGGUGGGUUAGACGGAGAAAGAGGCGUGGCUUACUGGCCUGAUUGGCAUGUGGACAAAUGUACCUACAGCUUUAACCUGUUUGAAGUUCCUCAUGAUGAGUCUGCUGCUGAUCUUGUAUUGAGUGAUGGUUGUGUGGUGUUGUUGCCUUACCCAGCAGCUGGUGUUACCAUGGAAACUAUUGUCAACAGCCUUUUCACCAGGAUGAUGAAAAUUGCUUGCAGAUAUCCAGACUCUAUUUGUGUCAUCACUUCUGUUGAAAAUUCAACUGAGAAAAACCAAACAGCAGACAUUUCUCAUUCAGAAGUGAAGAAACAACUGGAAGAAAGAAUCCAAACGCUGUGUAAAGACAUGAGCGAUGAGAUAGCUAAAAUAUUCAAGUGGAAGUGGAUUAUAAACAGUUUUAUCUUCCCCACCCAGAUCUACUUCAGUCAGUGGGUCAAGCAGUAUGAAACACUGGACAACCUGCACUUCUUACAGCAUCCUACUAACUCUGGACAGUCAUCUCUGAAGAUAAUACGAAAGUCAAGUUCAUCUAUUGGACAAGUACUACAAGAAGCCGUGACCAGAAUUGAAGCCGCACAGCCAUACUACAAGACCAUUUCCAAAGAACUGAGUGCUAUAUUGACAGCAGUUAAGGACUGCCAUGUGCAGUCGCUGAAGUCUGCUUACAGCCUGAUCCCUGAGAAUGUCUGCAACAAUCUGCACCCCCAGAAUGCCCUUCCCCAUGUGGAGAAGGGCUUACAGAUACUACAUCUCAGGGGAAUACUUAUGUUCUUUGGAUCAAAAGAAAAUAGCCUGGUGGCAGGAGAUGUUGGUUAUCUCCUCAAGGGAGUUAACCAGCUUCUCAACUCCACUUCUGCCACCUCAUCAUUGCCUUGUCUUGAGCCAGACAUGCCUUGUUGGAGUCAACAGGACCUUACAGGCACAUUGGGGGCCAAAGGAAUUUCAGAGAAAGAGGCAGGAGACCUGUUGUCCAUAUUGGAAAACAAUGGCUGCCUGUUGCCUGUCUGUGUUAAGGGUCAGGAGGAGGGGGCCCAUGAUCCCAAAGUCUAUGUCUGCAUGGAUGCUCUGCCAGAUCAGCCUCCAAAACAGCUGGCUAGACUCUGGCCAACACCCAUCCCUGAGAGCGAGAUACAGGUGGAGAGGAUGUAUACUUUCACACCUGAGAUACCUGCCUCUUUACUGACAUCAUACUUCAGACAUUGCAACAAGAUUGCUGAGUUUUGUGUGCUGUGGAAACGUGGAUUGUUUGUAAACCAGGGGCCAGUUGAUGUUUUCAUCCAGCAAGACUGGAAUGAUAACGGAAUGCCUGUGAUAGCUGUGUGCUGUAGGACAUAUAAACCUACUGGAGAUUUGAGCCCUCAUAAUUACACCAAUCAUUGUCUGUGGACAACUCUGAACACAUUCACCAGAAUUCUUGACUUUGUCAUCAGUAAAUAUGGUGUCUUUGCCAAGGUAACGGUGCCCUGCCCCACCUGUGUGCCCAGUAAGGAGCUCCAUCUACAACUACAGGCAGAUAGCUGUCAUCAGUUUAGCAUUGUGACCUUCACCUCUGGGAUACAUUGUAAACGUGAAGGACCCACAAGCCAGCCAUUCAAUAGUGUUGACCUGCUGGGACCAAUGAAGCCGACUCAUUCCUUGGUCCCGAGACAUGCAGACUGGUACCUGGAAUUGACCAAGUCUAACUAUGUUCACAGCUAUAAGUGUUACCAGUGCAACAGAGAAGUGGAGAAGGCCUUGAUGCCAGGGUUCAGUACUGCUCGGGGAAAUAAAGGCAGUAUUCUGUCCACAAAUCUGACUGAUUCCUUACUGCCUGUGAACCACAGCAUGCAGCCAGGACUGUUCAAUGAGAUGUCCAUCAUGUUGAUCAGAGGGAACACUCUUACCAUACUGCUCAAAUUGCUUAAAUCAGAUGUGACUCUAAAGUAUGAGAUAGCCACCGGCUCUUUUACCAUGGUGACAGGGUCUGGCACUGACCAGUCAGAACAAGAUGUCAGUUGGCAGGGCAGUGAAGGAGACCGUGUGGCUAUUAUGGUCAUUGAGGGAAAGACGUUUGCUGAGCUAGAGAUUAAGUGCUACUUGAACGGAUUUAUGAUCUGGAGCAGAAGUGUAGAGAAGCAGUGCAUUAUGCCACAGUUUGCCAGCAGCAAGUUCUCCUUGGGAUUUGUCCUUCAAACACCUGGCAUCAAGGACUAUUGGCAAACAGAAACGGAACUUGACAGACUCAACGAGAGGAUGUGUUUAGAGUUUAGCCAGUCAGAAGACACAAUUGUGUCAGCACGAGUGACAGGAAACAAUGGCAAGUCUGUGACCUUGAUAACAGAUCACAUGUCAAAGGUGACACUGGAGAAUGCUCAGACAGUGGACUUAAGGAGUGAGACACUGCAUCCAGCCGGAUAUGCCAAAUCAAAGGGGAGACCACUCAAUGGAAAAACUGGAGAAGGAGCUUAUGAUUACACUCUACCCGAUGGGGCAUCAUUUGCACCGCUUUGGCUUUUCAGUGAGGCUCAGAGAGGAGGAUGUACCCAGCUUCAACCAGGGGGGACAACUCCACCCACUAUGCCAUGUCUGUAUUUCCCCACCCCAGCAGCCUUAGUGUGUAAGAUGAACCAAAUGGUUCCUCAGUUAGAGACGGUUUUAUAUAAAAAUGGAGGAAUUGAUUUCACAGGCUCUGCCAUGACCUUGUUACCAGGCAACAAAUCCAAAGAUGUAUUCCAGUGGCCAGCCCGACACCUUCUUGGUGAUCUGCAAAAUCUUCAGUGUCAUCCUCUUUGCUACAUCAGAGCUGAGUGUGAGGACAUGUUGGUGUUGCAUCCAGCCAAGCAAGACCUUACUGAGAGAAACCCCUACUGGCAGCUACAUCUGCUGAAUGCCACUGGCUUCCCAAUGCCCCAGGACUUCACCUCAGAUCACAGUUACCUCCCCCUGCUCUGGGCCUGGCAUGUCCUACAAGCAGCUCAAGAGUUUUACAAGCUGCUCAAUCAGAUGAGUUGA